AUGGAAAUUUUUCUGCUCCUGAAACGUCAGCACGGCAUGUACUCACCCAAGCGGAUGUGCCACCCUCAAGCUCUCGCGGAUGUGCCCACCAGUGUCUACCGACUCCGAUCCGGUCUGGCCAAUCGCCUCCUUGAGGCUGACUCACACACGGCCUCACCGAAGGUGCAAAUGACUUCCACGCUCUCACAAUUCGAACGCUGA